AGUCUCAGUACAAGUAGCAAUUUGCCAUUAUGUCGUCUUUCUGCUCUACCUCAGCAAGUAUUUCGCUUCCUAAUGCCCUCAGAACCCUCGUUUAUUCCGAAUUCAUUCUUCCGCUUCGCGCUCCAUCAAUCCAGCCUUUGAACCGACUUUCUCGCCACGAUCGCAGAAGCAGACGGGCAAUUACCACCGUUUCUCUGGAUUCUAUUCCUAUCACAUCCUCUCAGAAACCUGAAGUACCAGAUUCUAAUCAAAAUGAGCCAUCAGUCGCCAUUGGCAGCUCGAACUCCGCAAACCAGAGUUUAAACGACCAAGCCUCCGCCCAAACUACAAGUUCCACAAGCUCCCCUGGUACACGUGAAACGAAGACGGAGUCAAAAGCAUCCAACAAAAAACGAGCAGGCGACCGCGAUACCAAGAAGACCGCGCGGAAGGGCGCAACAAACGCCGGGCCCAAGCCCCAGAAGAAAGCUGAAGAAUGGGAGAUUCAGAAAGGAGCUUUGAAAAGAAAAUUUCCAGAUGGAUGGGCACCAGCCAAGAAACUCUCCCCUGAUGCCAUGGAAGGGAUACGGCAUUUGCAUCACAUUGAUCCUGACAAGUUCACGACCCCUGUCCUUGCGGCUGAAUUCAAGGUAUCCCCCGAAGCUAUUCGGAGGAUUCUAAAGAGCAAGUGGCGUCCCUCGGGAGCUGAGAUGGAGACUCGGCGCCAACGAUGGGAGAAGCGGCAUGCGCGAAUCUGGGGACAUAUGUCUGAGUUGGGUUUGCGCCCGACGCGUCCGGACUCUAUCAUAGAUGCCACUACGAUAUUGUAUAACAAAGGCAAGAAAGAUAAGGCAUCUCGCGAUUCCUAAUGGCUAGGGCCAUUCGACAUUAAUAUGUACAUUAAACCCAAGGCAAUUUGUAUACUAGCGAUGCAUUCUAAAUAGAAUAUUACUCUUAUGAUUUUUCAGAACGGUCUCUCUG